UCAUAUUUUUGGACCUCUGAAGAGUAAACAGCACCAUGGCUCCAUGAACUGUGAAACCACAGGAAGCGUGGCAGCCCUCCUCACCUCAAGCUUUUCUUCCUUACUGUGACGUUCUUCCUGGGACCUUUGUUUUCAGCCCUGCUGGGUGGCAGUGGCCUGCCUUGGCUUUAGAGCAGAGGAAGCAGUCUGCAGAGCAGAGAGAGCCAUGGCCUUCAGCUUGCAUGUUUUUCCCUUCUUCCAUAAGCUGAAAGCGUGGGUGCUUGUCACUUUGUGUUUCACGGUGCUAUGGGUGGCGUUCAGUUACUUUGUGGACUUCAGACAGGAAAUUACUAAAGCUGGGAGCAUGGUGGAAAGUUUCAGAAAGGUACCUGGCCUGGAGGACAGUCAAAAAGAAGAGAUGGAAUCAACUGUGCCAGUUCCCAUAGAGAAGUCAUUUCAGGGUCACUGCCCAUCUCCUUCUCCAUACUUGAAAGGUGUCAGCAAACUCUCCUUCAAAGCAUCUCUCACACUAGAAGAAGUCCAAAAGGAGAACCCUGGAGUAGCCAGAGGCAGGUAUCACCCUACAGAGUGCUCAGCACUGCAGCGUGUGGCCAUCGUCAUCCCCUUCCGCAACAGAGAGAUGCACCUGCUGUACCUUCUGGAGCACCUCCACCCCUUCCUACAAAGGCAGCAGCUGGACUAUGGCAUCUAUGUUAUUCACCAGGCUGGCAACACCAAAUUUAAUCGAGCCAAACUGCUGAAUGUAGGCUACCUAGAAGCCCUAAAAGAAGCAAACUGGGACUGUUUCAUCUUCCAUGACGUGGAUCUGGUGCCAGAAAAUGACUUUAACACUUACAUGUGUGACAGACAACCAAAGCACCUUGUAGUUGGCAGGAACAGUACUGGAUACAGGCUGCGGUACAGUGGGUAUUUUGGAGGUGUAACUGCUCUCACAAGAGAUCAGUUUUCCAAGGUGAAUGGAUUCUCUAACAGCUACUGGGGCUGGGGAGGAGAAGAUGAUGACCUUCGAAUCAGGGUUGAGAUGCAGAAAAUGAGAGUGGUGAGGCCACCUGCUGCUGUAGGCAGGUACACCAUGAUCUUCCACAAAAGAGACCAAGGAAAUGAGGAGAACAGAGGGAGGAUGAAGCUUCUCCGUCAGGUAUCUAAAACAUGGCAAAGAGAUGGGCUGAACUCUUGUUCCUAUCAGCUGAUCUCAGUGGAGCAUUACCCUUUAUAUGUCAACAUCACAGUGGACUUCAGCAUGGGUCCCCAGACCUCCUAAGGACAAGACACCACACAGGCUCUGGGAAGUGGCAACAGGUGGGGGUUGUGGUUGCUGGUACAGCAGCUGGCUCCCAGCACUCCAGCAUACUUCAGUGGCACAGAAAAAGAGAGGGCCUUCACAGUGCCUGCUGAUUUCUGUUGAGAAUUGCCUUGUGUGAGGACUAGAGAAGUGGACUGAGCCAAGGGACAGGUCUUCACAUUCUUCUAUGCACCUUCUGCUGGGACAUGUGCAAAAGUGUCCUUGUUGGGGCUGCUCCCAUGGAAGUCUCCUGGAAAAAGGGACUUGUUCUUGCAACUCUUCCCAACCUUUGUAUUUUUUGUAGGGGGAGGGCUGCCUUGUGACUUCAAAAGGCAUAGGCCAAUGUUUUCUCAUUAAAAGCAGAACUCUUCUUCACCAACUACAAGCUUGCUGGAAAAGCUUGGCCUCUUUUUAGGCUUGUGGAAAAAAAUAAAGAGAGAAACUGCUUGUGUGUGAGGGAAUGGCAAUAA